GUAUCGCCUUAAUGUGUGCAGUUGUUUUUCCGUGUAUGAUGAAGAGAAAAUACGAGCGUUCGUACCGACCAGAGUGACACAUAAAAAUAUGUAGUGAAUGGAGUAAUUAAAAAAAAGUCAAAUGUUUCAAGUUCAAUAAAGGAAUUCCUUUGAAUACAUAGUAUUUAAUUUAUUUAUACCCGUCUUCAUGGAUGCUAUAAUAUGAUGGCAUAUUUUAGAUAUAUUCUGGAGUUGGGUUAGGCAGAUUUUGGCAGAUUUUUUGCCAGGGUCAGGCAGAUUCGCGAUUUUUGAGGUGGUCACCCUGGUACUAAGUGCCGCCCUUCGUAUGUAGUAUAUUACUUACUCUAUACCAGAGACCAAUAACUCUAUACUUUGUAUGAAAAAUUGUUUGAAUCUUAGCAUAUUCUUGGGGCAUAUCAAUAUGGAAUAUCGAACUAUGUUGCAUCUACAAAAAUGCCUUUAUUUUAAUACAUACCUCUUCGUGGUGUGGGUCGCAGUAGUUUCGUUUUUCUUGUACGUCAAGUUCAACAUCCUUGGACAUCUUUCAAAAUAUCUAUCAAUAACUGUCUUCAUUUUGCUAAUCUUUAUUGAAUCUGCAAGAAUAUAUCUUGGACAAUAUGGAAAUUUGUCAUGCAGGGUUCCAGAGUUGGCAGGUUUCCUGAUGUUGACUUUGCUCAUGCAGAUGCCAUUGGUUAGUUUUUUCCUGUUUAAUCCAUAUUUGUUGAACACACCAGCUGAAAUCACUCUACAUACCAUGCUGUGGUUGUUAGCAGUUGCAGAGGUUGUCUACAGCUAUUUGGCUUUAAAACGGGCAUCUUCUUUAGCUAAAGAAAUUUAUUUUUCACACCCAAGAGACAGGUGUAAAUAAAUGUAUCAUAAUAUUUAAUUAUCGCUCAAGAUCUUUGUACUAGUCAUAGUUAUUAAGGAUGUAUAAUAAAAGGUGGAAAUAUAAUGCUUUCUUUUCUAUGAAUGUUAUCUAUUAAAAUCCAGCAGCUUUAAUUUCUAAUGAAAUACUUGUAUGAUUUUUUUCUAUAAAAUUGUUUGAAAAUUCAAUCACUCGGAUGGUAGUCACUACGCCUGCUCUUAAAACAUAAAAUGUGCUAAAUACCUAUAAAUUAUAAAGUAUAUACUGUAUGAAACUAUCUAUCAGACCAUGAGGUUAAUAUCUAGUUCCAAAUCCCUUUUGUGCUGUUGAGCCAUGAACACAAGCUCAUGUUUCAAUAUAUUUCUCAUAAUACUUGUCUUUCAAGUUCCUUAACAACUCUGCUAGAUUUAAAAACUUGUAAUUAAUGUAUACUCAAUAAAAUUGUGUAGUUAAAGUUGCAAAAGUAUAUUAUUAUCCUGAAUUAGGUCUGGCACUUAAUCUUUAGUUGGCGUGGCAGGAGAUUUUUUAAUUAAUAAUGGUGAAAUGAAUUACAGUAAUGCUAUCCCAUUGUUAAUUUAUUAAUAAGAGUUGUGGCUA